UCUCGCGGGAUUACAGCGUGGACGGUCGCUCCCCCUCCCGGGCCCGGCGACGCGGGAGGGCGUGAGGCUGGGAGACGGGGGCUGCCAUGGGCGUGCAGGACCGGCCCCAGUGCUUCUUCGACAUCGAAAUCAACCGGGAGCCAGUUGGUCGAAUUAUGUUUCAGCUCUUCUCAGAUAUAUGUCCAAAGACUUGCAAGAACUUUCUUUGCUUAUGCUCAGGUGAAAAAGGAAUUGGAAAAACAACUGGGAAAAAGCUAUGUUACAAAGGCACCACAUUCCAUCGUGUGGUUAAAAACUUUAUGAUACAGGGUGGGGACUUCAGUGAAGGUAAUGGAAAAGGAGGUGAAUCUAUCUAUGGGGGAUAUUUUAAAGAUGAAAACUUUAUUCUCAAACAUGACAGAGCGUUCCUUUUGUCAAUGGCAAACCGAGGGAAGCAUACCAAUGGUUCCCAAUUUUUCAUAACAACAAAGCCUGCUCCUCAUCUUGAUGGCGUACAUGUUGUCUUUGGACUGGUUAUUUCUGGUUUUGAAGUAAUAGAGCAAAUAGAAAAUCUGAAAACUGAUACUGCAAGUAGGCCAUAUGCAGAUGUACGAGUUAUUGACUGUGGAGUGGUCAUUACAAAAUCAGCAAAAGACGUUUUGGAGAAAAAGAAGAAAGUGUCUUCUGAUUCAGAAGCUUCAGAUUCCUCGGCCAGCUCAUCAACCUUUUCAGAAUCAUCAUCUGAAAGUGAAAUUGAAAAUGAAAGAAGUAGAAGAAGAAAACGUAAGAGAAGAACUAAAACUAAACAAUCAAGAAAGCGAAGAAGAGAAGAGAGGAAGAAAGAAGAGCCAAGGUGUAAACGGACAUCAAACCAAAGAGGGUAUCAUUCUGACAAGAGGGAUGCAAAUGAGAGAUCGGUUGAUGCAACUACAAAAAGGGACAAACCUGUGGUACGUCCUGAAGAAAUCCCCCCGGUGCCUGAAAAUAGAUUUUUGCUGAGAAGGGACGCACCUGUUGUCAAUGUAGAGCCCGAGCCGAAACUUCUUGAUGUUGCACCAGUAUUGAGUGACCAGAAGCCCUCAGUCUCCAAAUCUGGAAGAAAAAUUAAAGGAAGAGGCACAAUACGAUACCACACCCCACCUCGAUCGCGCUCCUGUUCUGAGUCUGACAAUGAUGAGAGCAGUGAAACCCCUCCUCAUUGGAAAGAAGAAAUGCAAAGAUUAAGAACAUACAGAGAACCCAGUGGAGAGAAAUGGAGUAAAGGAGACAAGUUGAGUGAUCCUUGUACAAGCAGAUGGGAUGAAAGAAGCAUGUCCCAGAGAUCAAGAUCUUGGUCGCAUAAUGGCUAUUCUGAUCUUAGUACUGUAAGAUAUACCAACUAUCACAAAAAGCACCGAAAAGAGAAAAAGAAGGCAAAACACAAAAAGAAGUCCAAGAAGCAAAAACAUUUCAGGAAACAUAAACAAACUAAAAAAAAGAAACCUUCACUCUCAUCGGAGGUAGAAUCCUCUCGUUCUUCCACCAGGAAGGCGAAGUUGUCUUGUGAUAAUGAGAGGAAGUCACGUUCUUCCUCAUCUUCUAGACACUCAUCUAGAAGAGACUGGUCUAAAUCUGACAAAGAUGAUCAGAGUUCAUCAACUUUAUCAAGCAGAGAUUCCCGAUCAUACUACAGGUCCAGGUCUAGGUCUAGAUCCAGAUCCAGAUCAUAUUCCCGAAGAAGUUCUAGGUCAAGAACAGCAUCUAAAUCAUCGCGGUCUCGAAGCAGAUCAAGAUCUAGCUCUAGCUCGAGGCACCAGAAAACUGUGUCCAAUUCAUCACGGAAUACUGUAGCACGGUUAAAUGAAAAUAAGCCAAACAAGACUGAACCUGUAAGAGCAGCAAUACCACAGAGUGAUAAAGUUGUAGUACCCCCAGUUGUAACUGAAAGCCUUCCAGUUAUACCCUUAAGUGACAGUCCUCCGCCUUCCAGAUGGAAACCCGGACAGAAGCCUUGGAAGCCAUCUUAUGAGCGAAUUCAGGAAAUGAAAGCUAAAACAACCCAUUUAAUGCCUGCACAAAGUAGUUACAAUUUAGUAAAUAUUAAGGAAGCUAAUACUACUUCCUCCUACCAUAAGCAACGCAAGAGUUCAGGUAGCGAGCGAAGUGGCUAUUCAAAGUAUCAUAGUGACAGAAGUUCAGAUAGUUGGCCAAGAUCAAGGAGCAGAUCUUCUCGAAGUAGAUCCUACUCUAGAUCGUAUACAAGAUCGAGAAGUCCAUCUAGUUCAAGAACAAGAUCUCGGUCAACUGGCAGAUCCCAGUCAAUAAAUAAAUAUCGCAGUGACCAGUCAGGUUACAGCGGGUCUUCCUCAUAUUACUCCCUUAGCGAUGAAGAUCGAGGCAGAAGCAAAAGAAAAUCUGAGUCAAGUGAACAAAACUUCCAGUCGCUUAAGAAAAGGCAGAAAAGUAGCUCUGAAAGUACUCUUCCUUACAAAAGCUCUAAAGACUAUGACGAGUCGUCUCAAGGGCGAAAAGGAAGUGAGAGUAGGUCAUCUUCAGACUUUUCUACAGACAGUGAGCAUUCUGGUAGAAUUCAGACGGCCCAAGAAAAAGAAGGCCAUUUUCAGUCAGAAGGGGAGAAUCCAAAACGGGAUAAAAAUAAUCUGACUUCCGACAGAGCAGAGGAAAAAGCGAAGAGUGACUGGGAUAGUGCCCGUUCUAAAACAAAAACCUUCAAGGAGAAAUCUUCAGAACGGCCUAGAAGUGGUGCAAAGACCAGAAGAAAAACCUAUUCAGGCAGCAAGUGGGACUCCGAAUCAAAUUCAGAAAGAGAAGAAACUCGAAAUGGUCGAGACGAGUCUAGGCCUUCAUCUAGCAAAGAGGAAGGUGAGGCUUCCUCAGGAUCCGAUACAGAAGUUGGUCCUGUCAAAAGCAGGGUGAAAACGAAAGCAAAUUCUUCAGAAGGGUUCCUGGAUUCGGAUUGUACUUGGAAGACAAGCAAACGGCAGUCCUCCUCUUCAGAGUCGGAGAGUUCCCACUCUAGUUCAGCAAAUAUUAGAGGAAAGACCAAAAAACACAAGCACGCAUCCAAAAAAACUCUGAAGAAGUCACAUUCCAGAAAAGCCAAAGAAAAAUCAAAGGGGAAAAAAGAAAAGAAGCGUAAGGUUCAAAAACAAAAGGAAGCGUUUCACUGGCAGGCCCCCCCGGAAGGCUUUCCCCGGCCCCCGCCACUGGAGUUCGGUGAGGAGGAAGAGGAGGAUGCGAAUGAGCAGCCAGUUAUCAGGGAUGAAAAGGAAAAGCAAGUUGCCAAGGACAUUACAGAUAAGAAUCAACAAGCUUGUGAAAACACUGACCUGUGCCAAGAUAAAAAUGAAAAGGAUGAAAAGUCUUGUGGAGCUGAAAACCUCGCAAGUAAAAAUGUUGCUUGCAGCUCAUCACCAGACCAUAGUUACCUUAGUAAAGAAGACGGUGAAAAGAGCACUUCAGCUGCAACCUCAGAGAUAAAUGCGACGGCUCCAAACGGCAAUCUUAAAAAUGCCGAAGUAAGUAACCAGAAUGGGUCAGAAGAUGUCUUACCAACAGAUGACAACAUGGAGAUUUGUACUCCAGAUCGUAACUCUCCUGGGAAGGUAGUUGUGAACAUCUUGUCCCCCGUCAACCUGAAUGCUAAGCCUCAGACUUCGGAUACUAGUGUGAGCAAAGAGUUACAAACUGAGAGCCCGGAACCGAGCGCUGCCAAACAAGGAAACGUUAGGGAAUUGAUCAACAUGAAAGAAAAAAGAGAAAUAGGAAAACAAGAUAGUAACUCUGUCACUAUGCCCAUUGCUGUGGAAAAUGCCGUGAAAACUGAAAUAGGUGAAAGCACACAAAGCAGUAUGAUAGAUAACAAAUGGAAACCUCUGCAAGGUGUAAGCAAUCUACAGUCCGCUACUAAUAAUAGUGCUGUAGAAGUUAAAAGCGCUGCUUCGGCACCUGAGUCUAAACCGCAAGGCUUAAGAAUAGAAAUAAAAAGUAAAAAUAAAAUCCGGCCUGGAUCUCUGUUUGAUGAAGUUAGAAAAACAGCACGACUAAAUCGAAGGCCAAGAAACCAAGAAAGCUCAAGCGAAGAACAGUCUCCAAGUAGAGAUGACAACAGCCAGUCCAGGAGUCUGAGUAGGUCACGAAGUAAAUCUGAAUCUAAAUCCAGACAUAGAACAAGAUCUCUAUCCUACAGUCAUUCACGAAGUCGAUCACGGAGUUCCACUUCCUCUUAUAGGUCUCGAAGCUAUACAAGAAGUCGAAGUAGGGGACGGUACAGUAGGGAUCGGUCAAGAAGUCGGAGUAGCUCGUACCACAGUUACAAGAGUCGGAGUCGAACCUAUAGUAGAAGUCGAUCCAGAAGCAGUUCUUACGAUCGUCACAGUCGAUCCAGUAGGUCAUAUACCUAUGAUAGUUACUAUAGCAGAAGUCGUAGUCGAAGUAGAAGUAAGAGGAGCGACAGCUAUCGCAGAUCUCGAAGCUAUGACCGACGGUCCAGGUCUUCUGGCUCCGACAGUGAGAGUGACCGUAGUUACUCUAACAAUCGAAGUCCCAGCGAAAGUAGCAGAUACAGUUGAAAAUGUUUCCUUGGCAGUGUAGAUUGUGUUUACUAAUUCUAUAUCCAUGUUGUUAAAUACCUAUGACCUCUCAGUGCCAGAAGUGGAAAUGAAGGAUAUUUACUAAGCUGGGCGAAACCUGCUUAUUUUAACAAAUGUUUCACAGGAUGCAUGCACAUGAACGGAAACGUUGAGAACAAAUAACUCAAGUUAUUUUGUUUGAUUGAUUUACUUUUUUAUAUAUUCUUCCCAAUUUUUUUGUUUUAAUCAAAUUUUCUAAGCCAGGAGAUGAUAUUUAUGUAAAUUUGCUGGUAUUCCUUUUUGGGGUGCAGCAGCCUGUACUGUCUCCAAGUAUCCUUUUGGCGCUCAGCCUGUUAAUCAAAAAUACAUACCGACAACUGUACAACUGUGAAGAAAAAUACUUACAAAGGCUGCCAUCUGCGUAGCUUAUUAAAAUGCUUUUGAAAAUGCUGGAGCAUUAAUUCAUUAGUAUCUUGUACAUUCUCUGUUAAUCAAACAGCUAGAUGAUGAAAACAAAGGCUGCCGUUCUGUCUUAACUCUCACCCCAUUGUACGUUGGCAUUGGAGAGGUAGAGGAAAGCGAUGAGAUGCACCGUGCAGACUGCAGUAUUGCGGCUCAGUGUGCAAAGAAAAAGAUCAUUCAACUUUUGAUUCUUCACUUGCUUAAGAACUCAAAUGUUCUAAAGUGAUUUUUGUGACACUUAACAUAAAGGUUUUCAAAUAAGAAGACCUUGCUUCUAAGCAGUGCUAUUUCAAAUACAUGUUACUGUGCUAGGUGCAUGUCACUGCAUCUCUGAAGUUGAACAUUAUUUUAAACCUUUGAGUUGUAUCACAAAAAAAAAAAAACCCAAACAGUUUGAUAGAGUAAAACAUAAUGGCUCCUUCUGAACUGUUUGUAGAGAGAACAUUGUCAAAGGUGCAUCCCUCUAUUGUAGAGGGAUAUAUAGAUAUGGGACUAUGUACUGUUAAUCUGUAAAAUGCUAUUACUGUAAAAAUACUAACGCCUAAUAAAAAAUGUGUAUGGUACUUUGGACAUUUAAUACCAAAAAUGAAUCUACAUAUCAAUUAAUUGUUUGUAAACGGUUUGUUUUUAAAUUGGGGUGCAUUUACUUAAAAUGUUCUGACUCGGUUCAUUAUAAUUACUUGUAAAUUGUUCAAGUGUUUAGGAAUAUGUAUACUAAGGAGUGAUCUUGUUAUUUUUUUUUGAAAAUUUGGUUAAUAAUGGAAAAAUCUGACUAACAUAGCUUUAGCAGUGCAACUGAGUACGGAUGUAUUAUAGCAUGCCUUACUAAUUUUCUGUAAUUAUUUUGAGAUGCUUUGGUUUUUCCUCAUAAGUUUUGAAACAGUCAGAAUAUUUUUUUAUCCCAUCAGGAAACAAGCGCUUUGAAAUGUAGAAGUUUUGUUGUAACUUUUGUUUUUCUCUUAGUUAUCAACUCUCAUGCUUUGAUAGCAUGGAAGUACUAAAAAUUAGGUUCCCAGCUGAAACAUGCAAAGGACUUUAAUAUUUUCACCUUUCAUUUCAUCACGUGUUGCACUCUGCAUUCUGUUUGUGUCACAGGCUCACUUGAUAUGCAAGAUCCUGGGGAUACCCUACAGUGGCCCAAUGGAGAUACUAAUAUCCAGAUUUCAAAUGGCUCUUAAUCCCAAUUUUGUCAUUAAAUCCCUCUAAUUAAACCCUUUUAACUCUUUCUUAUAAACUCAAAAAAGAGGUUAUAUAUGCAAAAUCCAUACUUUAUAAAUUAUAGAAAUAGAUGUUUAAUGUUAAAAAGCAUUGCAUUCUAGCAUUUUUUUUGUGUUUACACAACCUUUUUUAAUAAGGUAACAAUAUGCCGUACACAAUUGUGAAGCAGGUAUUUUGUUGUGAACUAUACAUGAUACAGCUCCAUAAGAUUGCUCCCAGGCUAUGACUUCUGCCAUGUUUCUGGUCAGAGUUUAUCUGUGAAGCUGGGAAAAUACUGUACAAGAGAGAGACUUGUACAAUUUUUUUAAUUUUUUUUUUUUUUUUUUGGCAGCAUACUUUUGACUGCUGUUGUAUUUAAAAGAUUUUAAUGGUUCACAUCAGAAAUUGUUAACUUUAUAAAGGGAGGCACUCUGUUUUUCUAUUUUUAUUUUAAAUAUUGUAUUACAUUAAAUUGUGUUUCUAAUAGAAAAUGCACCAUUAAGCUGGUUUUAUAAUGUCUGUUUACUUAUUGUAAAUUUGUUUUUCUGAAGCAGCUGGUAUUUGAAAAUGUAAAAUAAACUUUUGUACAUACCUGCAAACACUGAUUUCUGUACAUGUGGGGAAAAAAAUCCUCCCUAACUUUUAGAAACCUUAAAUUAUACAUA